AUGUAUAUCUUGGCUGCUACUGACUAUUUCUCUAGAUGGGCUGAACUUGUAUCAUUAGAAGAGGUAAAGAAGGAAAAUGUUAUUGAUUUUAUCAAAUCAAACAUAUUUUUUAUAUAUUGCAUACCAAGAUGUAUAGUUAUUGAUAAUGGAACACCUUUCAACAAUAAACUCAUGAGUAGUUUGUGCAAGAAGUUCAGUUUUAAGCAACAUAAGUCUUCAAUGUACAAUGCACCUGCCAACGGUCUUGCUGAAGCUUUUAACAAGACACUUGGUAACCUGUUGAAGAAAGUAAUUGCAAAGAAUAAAAGGGACUGGCAUGAGAGAAUUGGUGAAACUUUGUGGGCAUAUCGUACAACCUUUAGAACGGCUACGCAAGCGACUCCGUUUUCAUUGGUGUAUGGCGUAGAAGCAGUCCUUCCGUUAGAUAAGCAAAUUCCAUCAUUGCAAAUAGCAGUCCAGGAGGGACUUACAACUGAAAGUAACAUUCAACUUCGUCUAGCAGGGAUGGAGGCAUUGGAUAAGAAGAGAUUGGAAGUACAACAAAGGUUGGAGUGUUAUCAAGCUCGACUUGCAAGAGCAUUCGACAAGAAGGUGUGA